ACGCGAGGAAAAGCAUCUACUACGAUGUUCUCGGCGCCUGCGAUGUGGCGAAUGUCAGUCGUGAACUCUGAGAUGAAAAGCAGCUGGCGAGUUUGCCUGCGAGACAUUUGAUCGGAUUUCCUCUUAAAUGCGAAUACGAGGGGCUUGUGGUCUGUUACGAUGUAAAAAUUUUGUCUUUCGAGCAUGAAACGAAAGUGCUUGAUAGCCAACAGCUCUCUAUCAUACGCACUAUACCUAGUUUGCGUGGGUGUGAGUUUCCUCGAGACUCGUGUCGAGGAAACUAAGUGUGAAGAAACUAAGUGUAAAAUUCUGUUGCUGCGCUGUUGCAAUACUGCACCGAUCGCUGUAUCUGAGGCGUCCGUCUGCAACGAGAGUGUUGCCUUACUAUCAGGGAAUGCAAGUGAGGUGGCUUGAGCAAGGUGUUUUUUAACUUCCUGAAAAGCUUGUCUGAGGGUCCGGGGUCCACACUAUUUUUGCGUUAUUGCAACGUUUACGUCCGGAGAUUUCCUUGAGCAAUGGCGCCUGCAUGGUUGCAACGUCUUUGAGAAAUCGGUUGUAAAAGUUGAGCAUGCCCAAGAAGCGUCGAAGUCCUUUAACCGUUGCUGGUUCUUGGAAAUCGGUGAUGGCUUGGACCUUUUCAGGUAGGGGUCUAAUGCCUUCCGUGCUGAUUGUGUGUCCCAGGAACCUGACACUUUUUUGACCAAAAACACAUUUAUUGGGGUUGAUUGCGAUUCCGUACUGUUGAAGUCUGCCGAGGAGUACUCUCAGGUGCUCUUUGUGUUGUACUUCAUUCUAUGAAGUGAUCAAGAUAUCAUCAAUAUACGUAAAGCAGAAAUCAAGUUCCGCGGUUACCCGAUCCAUGAAUCUUUGAAAGAACUGCGCCGCGUUACGCAGCCCAAAAGUCAUAAACGGAAAUUCAAACAGUCCAAAUGGUGUAAUAAUUGCGGUCUUUGGAAUAUCCGAUUCGCGGACUAGUAUUUGUUGGAAUGCGCGCACCAAGUCUAGGGUGGAGAAUAUAGUCUUGUCAUGCAGAAAAUGCGUGCUGUCUUGCAAAAAAGGAAUUGAGUAACGAUCUGGCAAGGUUACCUCAUUGAGUUUGCGGUAGUCCCCGCACGGGCGCCAGUUACCCUAGGUAAGUUGCAAGUAGUAAAUAUUUAAUAUUGCUCAUAAGGACAAAACGUGGUUUUACAAUAGGUUGAAAUAAAUGAGUGAGAGGAUAUUAAAUGUAAUUAAUUUAUAUAUGUGCAUUAAUAAAAAGCAAAACAUUUCGACAAUGUCUUCUUCAGUCGCAGAGCAAAAUUAACAAUAAUCAAAGGCAAUAAUCAUAUACGUAUGUCAGAGUUCUGUGUAUAAUUGAUUUGUUUCCUUUUUCAGAAUUAAUUGAAUCCUCCUACUUGUUUAUUUCGGCCUAUUGUAAAACGACACGUUUUGUAUUAUAUUUAAUAUUGCAUUAUUAUUAUACAAGAAUUUAAUUUCUUUGUUACAGAAUGUUUCCCGAAACAUAUGAAAUUAUUUUACAUUUGAUUGAACCAGCUUUAUGUCGAACCAAUGCAAUGAGAAGAAAGCAAAUACAUCCAGGAAAACAAUUGUUGAUAGCAUUAUGGUUUUUGGCUACUCCAAAUUUUUACAGAUCAAUACAUGUACAAUUUGGUGUUGGAAAAGCCACAGCAUUCAGAGCAGUAAGACGCAUAACUUAUGCUUUACAUUGUCUUGCACCAAGAUUUAUUCGAUGGCCAAGAGAUGAAGCAUUAAAUCGCACCAUUGAAGAAUUUUCAAAAGCAAGAGGUUUUCCUAGUGUAAUUGGCACUCUUGACGGAUCUUAUAUCAAAAUUAGAGUUUCAACAAAAGAUGCUGCUUCAUACAUAUGCAGGAAACAGUUUCAUGCGAUUCACUUGCAAGCUGUAUGCGAUGCAAAAUGCAUAUUCAGCCAUUGUUAUGCAGGACAUGUUGUUUCAGUACAUGAUGCAAGAAUGUUUAGAAAUUCUGCACUGGCUCAUUACAUUGAGGUACCAAACGAGUAUUUUCCUUUGGACACUCACAUUGUAGCAGAUGCUGCAUAUUCAAUUCAUUCGCAUGUAAUGGUUCCAUUUAGGGAUAAUGGCCAUCUUACAGCACGUAAAAAAAAUUUUAAUUAUACUUUGUCUUCAACUAGGAUGGCUAUAGAAUGAGCUUUUGGAUUAUUAAAAGUACGAUUUCGUAUUUUAUUGGAUUGUCUAUCUCUGACUGAUAUAAAAAAGAUACCACAGGUCAUACUAGCUUGUUGCGUUCUUCAUAAUUUCUGUAUGCUACGAAAUGAUGAAUUUCCAAUUGUGGUAUAUCCAAAUGAAGAAAAUGCUGUACCUGAUGUAAUAGGAGCUGGAGCAGAAUCAGGCAAUAUUAAAAGGAAUAGAAUUAUGAAUGAAUUAAGAAUGUGGGCUAGAAAUGAACAUGCUUUAUAAUUUCAUAUUAGUUAUAAUGUUAGGAACAGCAAUCAUAAUUGUCUUAUAGAUAACUAUACUAGAUAGCUAUACUUUAGAUAUACUAUAGAUUAUAAAUUUAUACUACUCAGAAAGUAGAAUGACAACAUAAACGCGAAGUUAUUUGAUAUCUUUUCCUAACAUAAAAAGCAAUGCUAUUUAUCAUUACCAUCAUUAAAUAAAUUAAUUGCUCAACUUUUAUGAAUGUCUAUAAAAAAAUGUACAAUUUAUCCCAGGCAGACUAUAACUGCCCAAUUUUUUACAAAUUUGUGCAUUAUAACAAUACUGUAUAUCUACUAAUAAUAUAAAACUGUCGAAUAUAUAUAUA